GCAAAACGUGGAUACCGUCACCCUCGGGAGCUUCCGAUGGGCUUUGGGUGGGCCGGCGCGGGAGGAGCGGCAGCUGCGACAGGCACGGGACGACGCGGACUUGAUGGCCCUGCUGACCACUCAACUGUGUCUCACGGUCACACCGGAAGAGGCGGUCCACGCCCUGUGCCUGCCCAGUCAAAGUAGGCCAAACGCCUGUGUCAGACGGGACGCGCAUAGUGAGGCUGCUAGCAGCGGCGUUACCGCCUGUUCCACCGAUUUGGGCGCCCACUCUAUUCCUAGCCACGACGGCAGUGAAGAUCCUGCCGCUUUCCCCGUCGACAGGUUGAGCUCGUUGCGUUACCUGGCCUUGGACUGCCGGCCUAAGGAGCACGUGGCAAUGGGACGCUUCCCCACUGCCUACCACGUGGACCCAAGCCGACUGGACGACCCAGAGGAAAUCACGCGGUUGCUCGCCACGCUGGAGCCCUUCAAGGGGUCGAGACACCUGCUUUUGAUGGGCACGGGAGCCAGUGGGGGCGGCCUGGCGCCGGCAGUCCCCAAAGAGGGGGGGGGGAAAGGCGCGACACCGGCGCAGCGAUUUAAGGAGCACAUGGCCUUGGCCGAACGCCAAGAUAUGGGCCACCUUCACACCGCGGCCCUUUUUUUGUUGAAACAGGGCUUUCCCUACGUCAGUCUCUUGCAGGGAGGGUUUGCAGCCAUCCAUGCCUUCUUAUUGAUGAAGACCAGAGAAUCAUCCAGGGCGUCUUCUGCCGGGUCUGCCCGUUCGUCCCUGACUUUGGCCGCCUUGAUCGACCACGUGCCCAGUCAAUGUCGGAUGUGCAAACACGAAGCUCUCCUGCGGUUCCACAAGGCCUCCGGGUCGUCCAGCUUACCCCUGUCUCCUUCCCCCCCUGCCAAAGCCUCCCCGGGGAGCUCCUCCACCGGUCCGCGUUUCAGUCGUCCCUUGUCUUUUGGCGGGCACGCAGGCCCUGCCUUUGGAAAAGGAACGAGUGGGGAGACAGCUUCCCUCGCGGCUUUGUCUCAGCUGGGGCAGUCGUCUUUGGACGUGCUCCGUUCGCGUGCUACUGGCCUGUUUGGGAAGCUGCAAGCCCAGGGCCAGGCACACGGAGGGGAGGAAGGGAAGGAAGGGGGAGGAUUGCCGCAGCAGCUCGAAACGGUGCAUGACAUGGGAAAUUUUCUGAAGGGCACCAUGGUUAGCCUGGGUAAACGUGCUGAGCAAGCUGUGCACGAGGCAAGAUCCAAGGCUCAGGGGGCGGGAACGGGGGCUUCUGGUGGAGGAGGAGGGGGGAGGAGGGGGG